AUGGGCAGUACUAAUUCCAAACCAACUCUUUCACCAGAUAGCAGCAAAAAGGCUAAGAACGUGAGUACAGGGCAGAGAGACUCCAAGCAAGUUAACGAAUUGUGUGGCCUCUCUGCUGAAAUCAGGGAGCCUGCAAGUAGGUCUUCAGGAGUUUGCAGCAGUAAUGAGAAUAUCGAGGGUGUUUUCUAUAAGUUUGUGAUUCUGCAUGCUGAGAAUGAUGUAGAUGAAGCCAUCCGGAUCCAGAACCUGCUGCAGAAUAAGUUUUGUAUUAAACCUGGAAUAAUCUUUGCUGAGAUGCCUUGUGGUAAACACAUCCUGGAAAAUUUAAGUGAUGCUGUGAAUGACUCUGCAUGGACUAUUAUACUACUGACAGAAAAUUUUCUGAAUGGUCCUUGGUGCGAGUUUCAGUCUUACACCUGUCUUGUCAAUGCUCUUAACAAACAGCAUAAAUACAACUCUGUGAUACCUGUGAGGCCGGUGAAUAACCCGCUUCCCCGGGAGAAGAUUCCUUUUGCCUUGCAGGCUAUUAAUGCCCUGGAAGAAGACAGUCCUGGCUUUGCAAAACAAGUGGAGAGAAUUUUCCAGGAGUCUACGUAUAGGCAACAGCGAGAGAUAUGGAGGAGGGAAAGGAUGAAAGAGAAACUAGAGCACUUCUGA